AUGGUGUUGCUGCUGCAGGCAGCACAGCGACGUUGGCCUCAACUGCUGCUGCUGUUGCUGGUAUUCCUUUUGCUGCAGUUGCUGGCAUUUGCUGCUGCUGCUAGUGCUGUAGCAGGUGCAGCAGGUGCAGCAGCAGCAGCAGCAGCAGCAGCAGCAGCAUGGAGACAUUCGCAGCGGCAGCAGCUGCGGUCCGCCCCUGCUGCAUCACGAGACAACAGGGGAGUGCGCCUGAAACUCUGGGACUAUGCACAAGGCGGCCGUGUGGCCUGCUGGGAGGCUUGGUGGCAGCGGCUGCAUGCAGUGUACAUACACAGCAGCAACUUAGCUUGUGUUGCUGCUGUCGCCCCGCUAACCAAGGCACCUGCUGCUGCUGCUGCUGCUGCUGCUGCUGCUGCUGCUGCUGAUGGAGCACCAGCGUUUGCUGCUCCCAGUGAAGGCAGCACGGCGGACGGGACUGCAGCAGCAGCAGCAGCAGAUGCUGCAGCAGCAGCAGCAGCAGCAGCAGCAGCAGCAGAUAAGUUGUUUGCUGUCGCCUUUUGCGCGGAUUGCUUCUCCCUAAAGGCGGAGCAGCACCUGGAGGCCCUUGCAGUUAUAAGGAGUCUCCGCUGA